AUGGACUGGGGCUCGUGGGGCGUGGCUCGGAGCGAGAAGGGUCCUCCGACCCUUUCGGUCCACCGAAAGCGGCUGGGGAGCGCGGCUGGUCCGGGCAGCGCUGGGGAGGGGCCGGGUCGGAGGUCUGUCCGCCUCCGCAGACCUCGCGGAGCGACAACUCGCCCCCCACCUCCCGCCCCCCGCCUGGGGGAGGGGUUGUACCCCGACCCUGGCCAGCGUCACUCCCCCGACCAGCCCCACCUGCUCCUGGACGCGGUGCAUCUGGUCAGCGCCUCCAGGACUGCCAGCUUCGCUUUGACAGCAAGGCCACUCACGGACCUUCACUGCGGGCCGUCACGUGACGGCAGUGUCCACCCACAGCAGACUCCACCGCACGGUUUACCCACGUGCUGCCUGGGUCGGGUCUCACUUGGUACAGAAGGCCCGUCACUCACUGUCUGUGUCCCCAGGGGCCGCCUGCCCAGCGAGGCCUCCGGCACAGAGCCAGGAACCGGCAGUGUUUCAUCUCCCGGCCUCAGCAAAAAGCGCGAGAGGCCAGAGGCGCUGGGUAGCAGCGAGACCAGCGGGAAGGUGGACUCCAGGUUCACGGAGGCCCCCGGAUUAGGGGUGGUGGCCAGUUGGCGGCUUUCCGCACCAGCCGCCCCAUCCCCAACUGCCCAGAAGUUGGCCUUGUCAGAGUCCUGCUCCUGCGGGGGUGGCUGUCAACACAGGGACACUCAGAGAGGAGACCAAGUGGGAAGAGAGGAGAAUGGGGCUUUGCUGAAGGCAGAGCCAUUCCCGCUGACCCUGCAGUUCCACAGCUUCUCACGGGCCACCUGCCCCCAGACCUCGUUCAUCCCAGAGGCCCUGAUGGCCCAGUCAAGACCCCUUGCUUGGAAGCAGGCCAUCACACAGCCAACCCAGCACUCCCUCCCCGCCAGGAGGCACACCGGCCCGCCUCACGGCCAACAGCAUGGCCAGCCCCCCAACCCCCAGGCCCUCAGGGUGUCCCUGGGUGUUCACGUGAACCGCGUGCAUCUGGGGAGACAGACCCUGGGAGGUCCCCAGCCGCCCCCACCCGGCUCCCCCAGCCCGGCCUCCAUGGGGCACUCUGGCCGCCUCCCCACCUCCAUGGGGCAGUGCGGUCCGUGCAGGCUGUGCUUGGAGCCUGCUCACCCAGUGCCCCCUAGGGAAGCCCAGCUGCAGGGUGCAGUAGGCAGGAUAUGGAGGCUGGGGACCAGGAGUGACACAAGGCCACCAGCAAGGACGACGCUUGAUGAGGAGGGCACCUUGGGUCCCAGCGCCGUUGACUUUCAGGGGGCUAGCUGGAAAGGUUGUCCCGAGACCACGGCCGCCAGACCAAAGGGUCUACAAGGCCGCUGCCCACCCCCCUCCGUGCUCCGGCCCCGCUUCUGCGGCAGCUUCGGAGGCCUUGGCGCCCAGCGGACCCCAGGCUGUGGUCCGAGCCUCAGUCGCCCCGGAGGCUCGGCUGGCGCCCCACAACCCCCAGCGCUGUCCGCGGUGCUGACGGGCCCGCCUGCUGCUCGCCAGCGUUCAGUACGCCUCCCCAACCCCCAGGGUCUCUCCCGACCCUGCACGCUGCCGGAGGCUGUGUUAGGAUGGCAGCAGGACUGCCUGGGCCGAGUCCGCUGGGCGCCUGCUGGUCCGCACACCAGCAACUGGCGAGUCACUAAAGAACACGGUCAGAGAACAGGACGGGGGUCUCUGAGCCCCACGCCUGUCCCGGUUUCUGGAGGCGGCCGGGGCCUCCCACCCCAGCUGGGGUUGCACCAAGGACCGUCCACACUUCUUCCAGAACGCAGGUUUAUUUGGCAUUUGGAUGAAAUGGUUCUCACAGCAUCUUAA